AGAGGCGCGGAGGGGAGCGGAGCUAUGUUAAACCCGGGGUACCGCUGAGGCGGGGCGGGCCAGGCCAGAGGCGGGGGCUCUCCGGCGGCGGGCGCGCAGGGCCCCGGCUCCCGAGGCGGCGGCAGGCAGCAUCUCGGCGCGGGGAGCGGCUCCGCAGCCACCGGGCCAAUGAACAUGUCAGUGUUGACUUUGCAGGAAUACGAAUUCGAGAAGCAGUUCAACGAGCAUGCGGCCAUCCAGUGGAUGCAGGAAAACUGGAAGAAGUCAUUCCUGUUUUCAGCUCUGUAUGCUGCCUUUAUAUUUGGUGGUCGGCACCUAAUGAACAAACGAGCAAAAUUUGAACUGAGGAAACCGCUAGUGCUCUGGUCUUUGAGCCUCGCCGUCUUCAGUAUAUUCGGUGCUGUUCGAACUGGUGCUUAUAUGCUGUACAUUUUGAUGACCAAAGGCCUGAAACAGUCAGUGUGUGACCAGAGUUUUUAUAUUGGACCUGUCAGCAAAUUCUGGGCAUAUGCAUUUGUGCUAAGCAAAGCACCCGAACUAGGUGAUACAAUAUUCAUUAUUCUUAGGAAGCAGAAGCUCAUCUUCUUACACUGGUACCAUCACAUUACUGUGUUACUUUACUCUUGGUACUCCUACAAGGACAUGGUGGCUGGCGGUGGCUGGUUCAUGACCAUGAACUACGGAGUGCACGCCGUCAUGUACUCGUACUAUGCCUUGCGGGCUGCUGGCUUCAGGGUCUCGCGCAAGUUUGCCAUGUUCAUCACCCUGUCGCAGAUCACUCAGAUGUUGAUCGGCUGCGUGAUCAAUUACCUGGUCUUCUCCUGGAUGCAGCAGGGCCAGUGCCAUUCCCACGUGCAGAACAUCAUCUGGUCCUCUCUCAUGUACCUCAGCUACUUUGUGCUCUUCUGCCAUUUUUUCUUUGAGGCCUAUAUCGGCAAAACCAGAAAAGAAAGGAAGGUUGACUAGUGGUAGAAGCGAGAAGCCAUAGCUCAGGGUCAUCAAGAAAAACAAAAUUAUAAGACAAAAAAGGCACAAGGAAACACAUAUAUGUAUGGUGCAGCUAAAACUUGGCAGCUUAGGGAAAGUUAGCAUGGUUUAACCCAGUAAGUUUAUGAUCCUAUCAUGGUGAGGACUCACUGAAUUCUACUCUAUCUCAAAGGACUGCUGAUGAAAGACAACUUCCUUCUUGUACCUCUCUGCUCUAGAAAAGAAGGAGAAAAUAAGAGAAAAAUCAAGGAAAAGAAAGAAAAAAGGAGAGAAGAAAAGAGAAAUGGAAUAAUGAUAAGGGGGGAGAAAAAAGUACAUUAAAUAAGCAGUGUGUUUCCCCAAGGUGAAGGAGAGACUUUUAUUCAAAAAAAAGAAAAAAGGUUCCUAAAUCCUUUCUAAUAAUUUCUCUGCAUUAAACAAAUAAAAAGGCAGAGGUGAAAAAAAAACAAUCUGUCUAUAAUAACAACAAGAUUGCAGAAUUAAAAUCUUUUCCGUAGAAGGUUAAUACCUUUAGCCAAAAUGAAGCCCAAAAAGAUGUUUCCUGCAUGGAAACUGGCUGAACUCCACACUGUGGUUAUGUAUGGAAAAGAGAAGAGAUUGAUUUCUCUGCAUAUGUACUCUGCCAGGAGAGCAGAUCUGGGACACAGAGUGACCUCCCUCAGAAGGUGGAAAGGAGCAGUAUUUUUACAAGAGUUUAAUGUGAAAAGAUGCACUGUUGCAAUACAUAUCUCAGAGAGUGCAUUUUCCAAGUGCAUUUUUCAGUUAAAGGCAAGGAAUUUCUGCAGCAGGAUAAGUCAUAGAGGGUUAAAUCAAUCAAUAUUUGCUAAAUUACCAGGGGCUAAUAGUGGAGGGAUGUUCAGGAAGGAGAGGGAGACAGCUCCCCUCACAAGAUUUUUAGGAAUUAUCCAUUACUCUUAAUUUAGCCCGCAGCAACACCGAAUUAAAUGGGGAAAAUCGGGAGAAACCGCAGUUAGUGAGAAGAGAGUGAUUUAUCUGCCCACUGUUUUCAGAACAGAGCCCUGUGGUACAAUCUGGAUUCUGUGUUCUUGCAGACACAAGGAUGCCUGCCUGAGCUGGGAGAGGCGGCAGGACUAUGCGACAUUGGGUAUCACUGUGCUUCUGCAUCUGCCUCCUGGGCAGUGCAAAGAUGUUCAAAGUGCCCUCCUCUGGUCAUGUGGAGAUACUACUACAAAACAUAACUGGAAUAGGUUUUUCUUGAGAUUUAUGUAGAAAAAAUUAGUCUAAAUGAAGUAAUUUUGCUGCAACAGCUUGACUCUAAAGUCCAGAGAGAGUUAUCUUUCGCUAAAUAAAAAUAUCUCUGCACAAUCUGUACUGUAACAUCAGACUGACCGCUUAAGAAGACACUCUUUCUUCUCUGAAGUCAGCUACAGAUAUAAGGAGAAAUGUAUUUCACUCUGAACUUUAGAGAGUUAGUUGAGAACAGCCAUAUUCUUUCAAAGACAAGUAGAUUGCAUUAUCUGUGAUAUUCCAGUCCUUACAAAGCCAAAUAAAAUGUGUAAAAGUUCCUAGUAUUUCAAAGACGCAAGUAUGUAAACUUGAUGUUAAAUGUGUUAAUGUAGUAUUCUAAAUUGUAACAGCUAGGUAGUUUAACUAAACAAUUAGAAGAACUAGAUCAACAAAAUAGGGACUGCUGUUCUGCAUAGAAUAUACACACACCUAUAACUACACCCAUAUACACAUUCUGUGAAUUGUCAACAAGAAAAAACAGCCCAGUGGCAGAGAAUCACAUUUCCUGGCUAAUGCAAAAGAUUGUCAUUAUCUUUCUUGCUUUAAUUUGAGAUUGUACAGUACAAAGGGGUUUUUUCAAUUAUGAUUUUUAGCUUUAAUUGUGCUGUCAUUCAUGAAACAGAGCUGCUUUAGUAUCCUGUUAAGAGAUGACAAGGGCUUUCGGUGUCUCAUUAUAUACAAAAGAAAAACAAAUAAAGUUACAUUCCAUAUUA